AUGCGUGUACGUGCAGUUGUCUCUACCAGCGCGACCAUUGCUGCGUCACUCGUGUGCGCCGGAUAUUCCUCUGCAACGUGUUGAAGGAAAAUUCACGUGUGAGCAUUUUCUCUUGCACCGUGCAGUUAGAAGUUGGAUAUUAAAAAAAAUAGCAGAAUAGUAGGUGUCUGUGUAGCUUGGAGUCAUGGGUCGGAAGUUGGAUCCCACCAGCAAGGUGAAGAGAGGGCCGGGGAAAAAAGCCAGGAAGCAGCAGGGAGCAGAGGCGGAGCUGGCCAAGUUUAUAACUGAUGAGGAUACUGGAACAAAGCGCCUGUCAAGAAGAGCCAGGAAAAGACUUGCACAGAGAGUCCAGAAUGUACAAAAGUUUAAAGAUGCUGCUGAGGAACAACCCAAGAAAGGAUUCACUGAUGAGAACAGCAAAUGGCUGAAACCUGCAAAGAGGAAGCGCAAAAUUGAUGAGCCUGAAAGUGAGGAGGACAGUGAUGAUCACUGGGAGGAAGAUGAAGGGGAGGAGGAGGAGGAGCAGCAACAGCAAAAGAAGAGAGGAAAAGAUCAAAGCAAGAAGAGUGUAAAAUUAGGGGUGGAAGAAGAAGAAGAAGAGGAGGAUGAAGAAGAAGAAAUGGUUGAUGACUAUGGUACAGUUGAUGAUGGCAGUGGAGCUGAAGCAACAGAAGAAGAAAGUGAGGGAGAGGAACUUCUUCCCAUUGAACGUGCAGCCAAGAAAGAGAAAAAGCUGAAGGAAGCAAUUACUAUAGAGAGUGAUGAAGAUGAUGAUGAUGAUGAGGAAGACGAUGAUGAUGACAAGGAGGAAGAGAAAUCAGAUGCUGACAUGGAUGAGGAAGACACAGUACAGACCAACAUUGAAGAAAUUGAUACAUUUAAGCUACCAGGGGCAGAGGAGAGUGAGAAAGAAGGUGUCCUGUCUCUAGACCUGAAAACAAUCCACCAAAGAAUCAGAGACAACAUUGAUGUUCUGUGCAAUUUUUCAACAAAAAGGGAGACGGGGAAGGAGAGGGCAGAUUAUAUCUCUCUUCUCAAGAAGGAUCUCUGCACUUACUACAGCUACAACAACUUCCUGAUUGAAAAAUUAAUAGACCUCUUCCCUUUGUCAGAGCUGGUUGAUUUUCUUGAGGCCAAUGAAAUUCAGAGACCUGUCACUAUUCGGACCAACACACUGAAAUCCAGGAGGCGGGACCUUGCAGAGGCCUUGAUCAACCGAGGAGUUAACCUUGAUCCACUGGGGAAGUGGUCUAAAAUCGGUCUAGUGAUCUACGACUCCUCAGUACCUAUAGGUGCAACCCCAGAGUACCUGGCUGGCCACUACAUGCUGCAAGGAGCCUCCAGUUUCCUGCCAGUUAUGGCACUGUCUCCACAGGAGGGUGAGUUAGUGUUGGACAUGAGCUCAGCUCCAGGAGGCAAGACCACCUAUAUUGGACAGCUGAUGAGAAACACGGGUGUGAUCGUGGCCAAUGAUGCAAACGCUGAAAGAUUGAAGAGUGUGGUGGGAAACAUCCACCGUCUGGGGGUCACCAACACUAUUGUCUGCAACUACGAUGGCAGGCAGUUCCCAAAGGUAAUGGGUGGGUUUGACAGAGUGCUGCUUGAUGCUCCAUGCUCAGGCACAGGAGUCAUUGCUAAAGAUCCAGCUGUGAAGACCAGUAAGGAUGAGGCAGACAUCCAGCGCUCUGCUCACCUUCAGAAAGAGCUGAUUCUGUCUGCCAUUGACUCUGUCAAUGCUGAGUCCACUUCAGGAGGAUAUCUGGUCUACUGCACAUGUUCCAUAAUGGUGGAGGAGAAUGAAUGGGUGGUGGACUACGCCUUAAAAAAAAGAAAUGUCAAAUUAGUUCCUACAGGACUUGACUUUGGCAAGGAAGGCUUUACCAGGUUUAAACAGCGCAGGUUCCACCCUUCUCUGCAUCUCUCACGCCGGUUUUACCCUCAUUCUCAUAAUAUGGAUGGAUUUUUUGUGGCUAAGCUGAAGAAGUUCUCCAACGUAAUUCCAGGAGCACUUGCAGGGGAAGAAGAAGAGAAUGGAGAGGCUCCUGAGGCCACAGUAGUUGCAGACUCUCCUGAAGACAAGAAUGGCCCAAGUAAGGCAAAAGGCUCAAAGGAAAAAGCCCAACCCAGUAGAACUGCAGCAAACAUCAAAUCAAAAGGCAAAAAAGCCUUACCAACUGGACCAACAAAGGCAAAAGUUGCCAAGCUGGAUGGUGAAACUGUGAAAGGGACAGAGGCCAAGAAGCCAACGGUGAAAUCAUCUAACGAGAUUAAAGCAUCAAAGGCUGACAAAAAGGAAGGGAGCAGAUUUGAGAAAAAGCAAGUCAAAAAGACCAAAAAACCCAUUAAGGUAAAGAAGAGAAUGGGAAAGAAUAGGUUCAACAAGUUGAAGCGCAUGUUGCAAAAAAAGGACAGUGUGUGACAAUUUGUACAGUGUGUUAAAAUGUACUUGAGUAUGUAAGAGCUUUUUGGAGCAUCAUUACAGACCAAGAUCCUCUUCCCUUUAGUUAAAGACUAUUCAAGUUGGUGUGCUCUGUUGUCUUUUCAGAGCAGUGAUAUUGUGUCGGUGAAAUACGACUAACAGGAUUGGACCGGUGGUCAGUGCUGCUCUCUUCUAGUUGCGUACGUUCUUGUUUUUAAAUUUGUGUUAGACUAUUUUCAUUUUGUUUGUCUUUUGAUGACAUUGCAGGAUGGCGAAGCUUUCAUAAGUCUGCAAGACACAAUAAAUAUUUUAAGAUA